CCAAAGCGGGCAUCCAGAGGAAUAAUAUGCGGAUCAAGAGGGGGAGGUGGGAGGACAGACACGCGGGAGAAGAGCUGUCCCGCGAUGACCUGCUGUUUCUGCUCAGCGUCCUGGAGGGAGAACUACAGGCCAGAGACGAGGUAAUUGGCGUGCUGAAAUCAGAGCUGAUGCACUCGGCGCCGCUGAGGGCCCAUUAUGCUGCGAGUGGACAGGAGAAGGUGCUGCGUGCCCUGCAGAGAGACUCCCAGCGCAGCCAGCAGGAAGCUCUGCAGGACGUCUACAAAAGUCCCAUUACCGAGCUCAAGCACUUAGUGGAAACGCACCGGCGCUCGUCCGAGCGGAUGCUCGCGCGGCUUCUGGAGCUGUCCCAGUCCGACAGCGGUGCCCUGUGCCGGCUGGACGAGCGCGAGCGCAGCCACAGGGCUUCUGUCCAGAGGAGCGAACGCCUCCGGGCGCUGCUGGAGCAGGACCGAGAGAGGCUAAAGCUUCUUAUUGUGAAGGAGAGAGAAUACCAGGAAAUACAACGGAGGAAAAAUGAAAGAGAAGUAUCGUCACUGACAGAAGAGCUGAUCAAGCUAAAGGCGUUUGCAGUCCUGGUUGUAAAGGAGCAACAGUGUCUGAGAGAGCUCCUGGAGGGGCAGAGGCGCCACUUUGAAAACCUGACAGCCGUCGCUGACCACAUCGAGGAGGUCUCUGUCUUCAAUCAAAAACAGAGCGCCAUGACUGCCCCGAGCCUGUUGUCAGAGGUGGAGGUGCUGAGGAGGAGAGUGGUGGAAAUGGAGGGCAAGGACGAGGAGCUGAUACGUAUGGGGGAUCAGUGCCAAGACCUGGACCGCAGACUUGCAAAAGAGACCAGCCACUGUCGUAGCCUGAAGGUGGAGGUGGAUAAACUCAGCAGCAGAAUCGGUGAACUGGACAGGACGGAGGAGGCUUUAGGCAGGAGCAAACAAGACUGUAGUAUUCUGAAGGGGAGCUUGGAGCGGGAGAAGGAGGUUAGCAAGAUGCUGUCAGCUGAGCUGGACGCCCUUAAGGUGCGGGUGAGAGAGCUGGAGACAGUGGAAGGUCAACUAGAAAAGAGGGAAUCAACAAUGAGACAGGACCUGACCACGCUCAGGUCGCUGACGGUGGCGCUGGUGGAGGAGAGAAAGGCCAUGGCUGACAGACUACGGCAGGCUGAAGAAAAGCUCAGCAGGAAGGAGGACAAGCGAAACGAGCAGAGCAACUUAGCAAUGAGGACGGAAAGACGGCGAGACGACAGGCAGUCCCAGGCAGAGUUAGAGGAAAGGAUCCAAGGAAUGGCAAAGGAAAACGAUGGGCUUCAAGAGAGACUACGAGCAGAGGAGGGGAGAAACAGGGAACUUCAGAGCAAAAUAACCAUCAUGAAGAAAAAGCUGCAGGUCUUAGAGAACAGGAGAGAAAAGGGGGAGAAGUUCACAUGUAGCUCUUAUUCAAACAACAACAGCAGCAAUCGCUGCCAGACAGAGGACAACAAAGUGAAAGAGCUGAUCCAGGAGCUGGAGAGGCUGCAAAAGACACUGCAGGAGAAGGAGGUGUUGGAGGAGAAGCUGCUAAUGGUGGAGGAGAACUUCGAGGCCCUUGAAGGAAGGCUGAAGGACGAGCAAAGGAGGUCCCGCGCGCUAACGGAGGAGCUGGAGGGGGCAAAGAGGGAGCUGAGCCGCUACGAGCAGGCGGAGAAGCAGGAGGUCAACCAGGAGCACCUCCUCCUCUGCCGUCUGCAGAAGGAGCAGGUGAAGUCCAGGCUCCUGGGCAGAGAGGUGGACUCGCUGAAGGAGAAGCUCCAGAAGCUGCUGGGCACGGAGGAGUCCAUCUGCAGGGUGCAGACGGACCACUCGUCGCUGCAGAGGAAGCUCACGCAGCAGGAAGACAGGAACAGGGAGCUGGCCAGAGAGAUGAAGGAGCUGAGCGGUGAGCUGGACAGGUGCAGACGGGGCAGGAGUCUGACGCCCGAUGCCAACAGGCGCUACUCGGACUCCUAUCAGACCACGAGGGAGGUGCAGACGGAGCCGGAGGACGGCCUGCUUCUGGACAAGGACAGCGACGAGGAGAACCUGAACCACCGCGGGGAAGUCGUGAACCGGAGGAGCUCCCUCGUUAACCUCAACAGCUUGAACAGCAUGAACAACAACCUGAGUCAACACAGCGGCCUCGGCGUGGACAUGCACCAAACGGCGAACGGGGAGGUGAUGAUGCUGACGCACACGCCGGGGCAGCCUCUGCACAUCAAGGUGACGCCGCAUCACAUACUCAACACGGCCACGCUGGAGAUUAGCAGUCCCAGCGGCGACGCGGCCGCGUCCUACACCAGCACGGCGGUGAUCCCGACCAGCGGGGCGUCACCCAAGCAAAGGAUCACCAUCAUGUCCGCCGUUAACGCCAAGUCGCCCCCCUCCAGCCCCGACCGCACCAUCUCGCCGCUCAACGGAGCGUCCGUGACGCGGGUGUUGAGUUCCGCCUCAUCGCGCUCCGCCACGCCCGACCACAGCGGCUCCCCUAUUCAGAUCGUAACAGUCAGGACCUGUUCACCGGAGCCGCCGGACGCCGCGAGCCGGCCCGCGUUCUGCUCGACCCCGGAGCGGCAGAACAGCUGGCAGCAUCAGAGGUCUGGCGGCGUCGACUCGAGCCCCAGCGUCAUCACAGCGGAGGACAACAAGAUCCAUAUCCACCUGGGGAGCCCGUACAUCCAGCCGCUGAACGGGACCACGCACGGCAGCCCGCAGCCGACCGGGCCCUACUACCUCCGGCACGAGCAAAGGACUCAGGUACUCGCCAACGGCUGCCACGUCAAAGGGGUCGGCAAGAUCACCAGCAGCAUCACCAUAACCCCCACCAUGUCUCCAGCCACACACUCGUCCAACAUUACACUGAGCGGCCUAUGCGACUAGGUGAAAACACGUAUAUUCUCUGCAGUACUGUGUUCCAAAUAUGUUGUAUCUGGUUUCAGUCCUCAUAUUAUUAGUUUGUGGAGUUUAUUAAACCAAACGACCCAUUGACUGUUAGACGUGUGUCUAGAGCUGACCAAAUCAAAACGCAUUAUAUUGUACUUUACGCUUUUCUUCAUGAUCAUUAAACAUGUCUGUUGUUUUUUGCUUAGAAAAGGUGUCAUUUUUACCUUUUAGACAAAAUUAAUCUGCAUGGAUUUUGCAUGGGCAGAUCUACAUGAUCUGCAUUUUGGUUCUUUGUACUACUGAUUUACUACAAUCCUGAAACCAAAAGUUACCAGCAUGGGAAGGAUGAACCUAUUUGCAGAGUGUAAUUUAAACGUUGCCAUAGCAGGUAGAUAAUACAAUGACAAACAGGGGAAAAGCCACCAUAACAUCAUGUGGUUGUUAGAUGGAAAACAGAUGAGGGAUUGGAUGACAGUUCAGGGCAGACCGUAGCAUGGCAGAGAUCCUCAUGAGUCUCUAUUAUUAGUGUGAGGAUUUAGCCACAGGACACAUCACCAUGAAAGUCAUAUUGCUUCUCAGAAAAUUCUCCUUUGUUCUUAAGAUUUCAAAAUCAAUCUCAUGCUCUAUCUAACAGACUUCAGCUCCACUUUUCUGUCUUGUCAGUUUUUAGUCAGCCUCACAGCCUUUUCUGUCAAACAUUUCUUUGAUACAAAUGCAAAUAGGGACGGGCUGUCAGUCAAAGUGCAGGGGCUGCGCUAGAAACAGAAACGCUUACACAUCCGUCAAUAGAACAAGCGCAGGGAUGUAAAGUUGUUGUUUUUGUCCUAAUGUGUUGUUGUAAUCUCAUUGUUUCAACACAACAGUUUGCAGCAUAUCCAAAGAGCGUAAUAAAGAGAUCUAUUGCUUCUA